CCCCCUGCAGUGGGGUCUCAAUGCUAACUCCACAGCCGGUUUCGUACCAGGGGACCCUGUUGUACACUAAUGGCCCAGCCAUUGUUUUCUGCCAAAGGUUUCUGAACAACAGGAAGCCAGCCUCCUUGCGUGAGUGUGUAGUGGCCCCUGUGUUCUCCUGCUAGCUGAAUCAAGAUGCAGCUGAAAACAAAAGAGCAGAGAAGGCAAAAAAUAUUGUUUCAGCUCUUUUCUCCACCUCCAAAUUUUGACAGAAUGUGGGGGUUUGCUUUCCUAAGAGAUAAUUGCUUGGAAUUUUCUGUGCCUGAAGUCUUGCUGGUGAAGUCCCUGUGACAACAUUUUUAAGAAACAGCAUCCUGAAUCGCUUAGACUCCAACGAUUUGUCAGCAGGUGGAUGGGAUUAUAUCUAGAUGGUGAUUGUGACUUUUAUGAAGUGGAAUGAAUGAUACCUGCAAACUUGAAAGAGGAGAACAUUUCUUCGCCCUUUUCCGUUACAUUUUUACAAGAAUUCUUUCCUGUCUCCUAUUCUGCUGCAUCCAUCCUCCGUGUUCCACCUCUGCCUCUUGUGAGUUAAGGAAGAGCAGAGGAAAUUGUUUAUACUUGAUCCUUAUACAGUUUUGUGCUUAACGUUAAGAGGAAGUCAGCAGAGAUCUCCACGCGCUUCAUUUUCAUCCGCCACAGAGCAGAGAUGGAUGAGCAGACAGGGGUAAAUCCUUUCAGCUGCUGGUGCUGCUACACCAGGGACAAUUCCCAUUUAACCAAUUCUUCCUCCCAGUCUCUGACUUUCCAAGAGGACGCCUGGCACAGAGGAGCGUGGGUUCUGCAGCGUGUCCUUGGCUGCUCUGCAGACCAAGUGACGGUGAAUUUUAUAAAUCGGGAUGGAGAGCGACUUACGGCCACAGCCAAAGAAGGGCAGAGUUUGCUGGAAGUGGUAGUCAAUCAAAACUUGGCCAUUGAUGGAUUUGGUGCGUGUGAAGGGACGUUAGCCUGCUCCACCUGUCACCUCAUCUUUGAGAAGGACACCUUCCACAAGCUGGAUGCCAUCUCAGAUGAAGAGCUGGACAUGCUGGACUUGGCGUACGGCCUCACUGAGACAUCUCGCCUUGGCUGCCAGGUGUGCAUUAAGAAGUCAAUGGAUGGUCUGACAGUGAGGGUCCCCGUGGAUGUAUCGGACAUCAGGAGGCAGCUGGAGGUUGGAAAGCAAAGCAAACAGUAACUGGAAACGACUCCUGCACAACUCACAUCCUCAUUUUAGGUGUGGCAGGGUACUUUGCUUUUGGUUAACACUAUUGCUUUUUGUGGCUGGCCUGCAGAAGACCAUAAAGGUCUGAUGCAGUAUAAAUGCCUGUUUGGCAAAUCUCUUAUUCAAACAAAGCUUAAUGCUAGGGUAUUUGAUAUAUGUUUUAAGUGCUUAAGUGCUCAGCUGGACUAAAGCAUAUGGCUUUACAUUUCCCUGGGUGGAUGACAGUAAACAUCUGUGCUGUAUGUGACUCACACUCUCCAUUGAAAUGUAAGGAAUUCUGCUAUUCUGAGUAACUGCUGGGAAUCCUGCAGGGCUUGGCUUUUUAACUGUAGAGCAGAUUUUUCCCAAUUUGGGAAGCUUAAGGAGAGAUAGCUGUUCCAAAUACAAGACAGCGCGCUGACUGGCUUGAUGAUACAGGCUGAGUUUGGUUAGCAAGAACAUACUGAUAACCCUUUGAAUGCUGCCAUUUCCUAUAAGAGGGAACCACUUCAUAUGAAUUUGAGAUGCCACAUGUCACUGAAUUAUGUGCCAUGAUCUGCUAUUUUCUCCAAAUAUUAAAUUUUCCAACUGCUAUGCUCCCACAUACAUCAAAUAAAAUUCUAAUAAUCAGGCUUCUGGACCUAUGAGAUGUACUUUUCUGGUAACAUGAGCCUGGUUGGAAUAGAAUGAGUUUGGAAAUUUAGGUAUAAUAUCCUGUUGCCCCACUUUAUUUGGCUGGAUUUUCCCCUCGUGUUUGAGUGAGUAUGUCAAACUUUCCAUCUAAAUGGUGCAGAGAACCUGUGAUCUGUAAGCGAGUCUUCCACACAAUUCUGCACAGAAACCUUCCCUAUGGGUUUAGUUAAAACCCAGGCUAUGUUUAGCAACCAAUUUAAACCAACAAGUUACUGUUCUUAGGCAAUGUAUCAACCCCAUAAAAGAUGUAUACAUUUUAAAAAUGCUUAUCUUAAAUUAAA